AUGAAUAUUGACUUACCUUAUUCUGUCGAAUAUGCAAAAAGCUCACGGGCUUCUUGUCAAAAUUGUAAGAAAUCUAUUGAAAAGGAUUCGUUAAGACUUGCUGUUAUUGUUCAGAGUCCUGUUCAUGAUGGAAUGAUACCAAAGUGGUAUCAUCCAACUUGCUUUUUUAUGAAACAAAGACCAAAAACUACUGCAGAUUUUAGUAACUUUGAUAAUAUUCGUUGGGAAGAUCAAAAGGAACUUCAAAAGAAAAUUGAAGAAUCAUUUAACUUGCCUUUACCUGCAUCUGGAAAACAAAGAAAACGUAAUGCUACUGCCAAAAAUAUUGGCCCAUUACGUGAUUUUUUAGUUCAAUAUGCAAAAUCUAAUAAAUCAACUUGUAAAGCUUGUGAAGAAAGAAUAGUGAAAGGUGAGAUAAGAAUAUCAAAGAAAGAUUUCGAAAGUGAACAAGGUAGAAGAUAUGGUGGUAUAGAUAGAUGGUAUCAUCUUGAAUGUUUUGCCAAAAUAAGAGAAAGUUUAGAUUUUUAUGAAAGUGGUGAUGCAAUUCCUGGCAAUGAAGAUCUUUCUAAAGAUGAUAAAAAGAAAAUUAAAACUGUUUUACCAAAGAUGAAAUCAGACGAUGCUCCACCAAUUAAGAAAAUUAAAGAAGAACCAGAAGAUGCAGAAGAAGAGAAAGAAAUGAAAAAACAAAAUGAUGAAUUAUUUGCAGUUAGAGACAUAUUAUCUUCUAUAAAAAAACCUGAUCUCAUUGCUAUGUUGGAAAAAAACGAACAACAUAUUCCAGAAGGCGUAUCCACUAUAAUAGAUCGUUUAUCAGAUGCAAUUUGUUUUGGAACUUUAAAGCCAUGCACAAAAUGUAAUGGUCAGCUUGUAUAUAAUUCAGGUAUUGGAUAUAAAUGUACUGGAGAUUUGACAGAAUGGACUAAAUGUGAAAAUGUUACACAAGAUCCUAAAAGAAAGAAGUUUAUAAUAUCAUCAGUCUUAAAAGACACUUACCCAGAACUUAAAUCUUUGAAAUAUAAAGUUAAAAAACGAAUUAUAAAGAUGUCUGUACCAUCCACAUCUAGUUUAGUGAAAAAAGAGGAUGAUGUUGAUUCUGGACCCAAAGUUAUUGCAAAAGCCAAACCAUUGAAACAUAUGCAAUUUGUCAUUAUAGGACAUACAAGUAAAGAUAAAAACACAUUAAAGAAAGAAGUUUUGCAUUUAGGGGGAGAUAUAACUUCAAAAAUUCAUGAACAUGUAGCUGCUGUUAUAUCAACACAACACGAAAUAGAUAAAAUGAGCAAAAAAAUGGAAGAAGCUAAACAGCUUAACAUACAAGUUAUUACUGAAGACUUUAUUGAAGAAGCUAAAGAAUAUACAAAGUCUGCGAUUGCACUUAUUAAAAAGAAAACUAUAUCAAGUUGGGGUGGUAAUGUGUCUGACAGGAUUAACGUUAUCAUAGAAAAAUCUACUGCUACAAAAAGUAAAGGUAAAAGUGUAUUUGAAAAGUCAGGAUCUGGUAAAAUGAAAUUGCAAUUAAAAAAAGGUGAAACUGUUGAUCCACUUAGUGAUUUACAAGAUUGUGCACAUGUAUAUCAACAGGAUAAGAAUAAAUAUACAGCUACAUUGAUACUUACAGAUAUACAAACUAAAAAAAAUAGCUUUUAUAAGUUACAAAUUUUAAAACAUGAUAAAAAGAAUGAAUACUGGUUAUUUAGAAGUUGGGGUAGAAUAGGAACAACUAUUGGUGGUACAAAAUUGGAUAACUUACCAUUGAAGGAGUGUAUAAUACAGUUUGAAUCGUUAUAUGAAGAAAAAAGUGGAAAUAGUUGGAGUCAAAGAGAACAUUUUGUUAAAGUACCACAUAAAAUGUAUCCAGUCGAUAUUAAUUACGGAGACGAAGCAUCAACAAAAAUACUUGAGUCUGAUGUUAAGAGUGAAUUAGAACAACCAAUCCAAGAUUUAAUAAAAUUGCUUUUUGAUGAAGCAAGUAUGAGGAAAGUGAUGCUAGAAUUUGAAAUUGAUGUAGAUAAAAUGCCACUUGGAAAAUUAUCUAAGAAACAAAUCCAAAAGGCAUACUUAGUAUUAACAGAUCUACAAGAAGUAUUGAAAAAGAAGAACUUUGAUACAGUUCAGUUGGUUGAUGCGUCUAAUAGAUUUUACAAUUUAAUUCCCCACAAUUUUGGAGUAUCUGGCCCUAAAGUUUUGGACACAAUGGCAGAAAUUCAAUCCAAAUGUGAAAUGUUAGAUGUAUUGCUUGAAAUGGAGAUUGGCUAUUCACUUUUACAUACUAAAACAGAUGAAACAAAGAAUCCACUUGAUGUACAUUACAAGCAAUUGAAUAGUGAAGUUACAGUAUUGGAUAAGGAAAGCGAGGAAUAUAAAGUCAUUAAACAAUACGUGGAAAAUACUCAUGGAAAGACUCAUACACAAUAUGAACUUGAAAUUGAAGAAGUAUUUCUUAUUAAGAGACAGGGAGAAGAUAGUAGAUAUAAACCAUUCAAGAAACUACCUAAUAAGAAGUUACUAUGGCACGGUUCUAGAACAACUAAUUUUGCUGGCAUUCUUUCUCAGGGCUUAAGAAUAGCACCUCCAGAAGCUCCUGUUACUGGUUAUAUGUUUGGCAAAGGUAUAUAUUUUGCAGACAUGGUUUCCAAAUCUGCGAAUUAUUGUUGUACAAAUAGCGAAAAUCCUACGGGAUUGUUAUUGCUUUGCGAGGUAGCAUUAGGUAAUAUGUCUGAAAGAUAUGAAGCAGAUUAUAUUGAGAAGUUACCAAAUGGUAAACAUUCAAUAUGGGGUCGUGGUCUAACACAACCUGAUCCCGAAGAUAUUUAUAAAAUGAAGGAUGGUGUGGAAGUACCAUAUGGUGUAGCUACAUCUGUUAAGCUUCCAAAAAAAUCUCAUUUAUUAUAUAAUGAAUAUAUUGUAUAUGAUAUUGCUCAGGUAAAAGUGCGAUACUUAUUGAAAAUGAAUUUCAAGUAUAAAGAAUAA